AUGAACAACUACUACACCUUGCUUGAGGCACGCCGCUUAUUUGACAGGCACGCCGCACCUGCACAAUCCUCAAACCUAUUAGUGCGGUCUGAAGUGGACUUCUCAUUAAAUUUAUUUUUUUCUUUCAUUAAGCACUGUAGCCUAGCCACAGCUUUGUUGGGCACGUACCUCCUACUACCGAUUACCACCAAGGUCGUCGAAGCGAGUCUUAUAACGGUUACUUGGGCCACCAACUAUGUGCUAGCUGUGCCAGUAGCUGUGCCAGUAGCAAUCCAUGGCACGAGCACACAACUAAACACAUCUAUGACAUUAGGUCGCUGCUACAACCCGCAGCAGCAGCAGCGGCAGCAGCAGUCUCACAUUUCCAGUUUCACCACCGUGGUCCUUGCUGUGUUUCCUCUAGUUCGGCUUGUUCCUCAGGUAAACCGAACUCGCAGCUACAUCCGUCAUUUCCUAUUCGGCCUCUGUUUCUCCACAGAAGCGGCGCUCCACUUCGCUGCUGUAGCGUCGUCUCUCGUCCGUGUCAAGGCUUUCCCCCGCUUGACAAGGCUUCCUCGGCCUGCCCGGCCCAAAACACCUUGCCUCUCUCCGGUGCCGGGGAGCCUGUAUCACCCCUUCCAGCCGUUACAAGCACGUCCACGUGCUGAUCAUGCUCGUCCACAGCGUCCACCCGCGCCUCCCUUCACCCCCCAAGCCCGUUCCCGCCAACCCAAGCUCACCAAACAGCGGCGGGUCCCUGCAGGCCUCGAUCGCUUGACGCUGCAGCUGAGAUAUCAUUUUGUCGUAGUACCUUCGACCGAGGGGGGAACGCAGCAGGUCCAGGUCAUGGCCCCCGGGGCCCCCGGCAGCGGUGUCGGAGCCAGCGCCGAUGGGGGGUCGUACGGGUGGGUCAUCGUGUCAGAUAGACCGGCAGUGACGAUCGGGCACCGACACCGGGCGCUGCCGGGUGCGGCGGUAGCGGCGGCGGUGGUGGCGGCGAUGAAUGGCCCCAAAAGAACCCUAAGCCCCUUCUUCUAUCCUGGGAGCACGCAACACGUACCAUCCUGCCUAGGAGAUCCGUUGCCGUACGUGUCCGGGGGUUCCAAGAUGCCAAAGGGCGGCACCUUUUCGAGGCUCGAUAGCUCGUCUGUACGACACCCAGCGUGGGUUGGACGAAUGGAAAGUUUAUACGGAGAAGGUACAUAG